AUGUACAUCGAUAAAAAGGAUGAACAACCUCUUAGGUCGUCUGGCACUGUCGUCCAUGAUCACUCAAAGAAAAAACGCCGACGAUGCAUCAUAUGUUCAACGGUAAUAGGAACCAUACUCACAAUUAUUGCUCUAAUCAUUCUCAUAUUGUCACUCACCGUUUUCAAACCAAAAAAACCUAUAAUAACAGUCGAUUCUAUAACACUACAAGAUCUAAAUUAUAAAUUAGUCCCGCUUCCACUUCCACCAAAGGUUUCAUUAAACUUAUCACUCGACCUUGAUAUGUCGAUUGACAACCCUAACAAAGUGAGUGUCAAGUAUAGAAAUAGCUCUGCUAUUCUUCGGUAUAGAGGCAAAAACAUCGGUGAUGUUUUAGUCCCCGCGGGAAAAAUCGGGUCUAAUGAUAAAUCUCGAAUGAAUCUUACGUUAACUGUUUUUGCAGACCGGUUGGUUACGGAUUCUGAAUUAUAUAGAGAUUUAUUUAGUGGUGAGUUGCCUUUCACAGCUUAUACGAAAAUUAAGGCUAAAGUUCGUGUUUUGUUUAUUAAUUUUCAUGUCACGUCUACUUCGACAUGUGAUGUGAAUAUUGAUAUACAAAGUCAAAGUGUUAAGAAUCAAACUUGUCACACUAAGAUUAAAUUAUAGUGUUUUGUACAGAAAU